UUGGUGUGAAAUGGUGGUACAUAUUGGAAUUAAUGGCUUCGGCCGUAUAGGCAGAAUUAUAUUUAGAAAGUGUUUUGAAAGCAGUGAUUUAGAGGUCGCAGCAAUAAAUGAUCCAGCGGUCGAUACUGACUAUAUUUGCUAUUUGAUAAAAUUUGAUUCGACUCAUGGAAGGUUUUCUAAUAAUUUAAUGUUUACGGCAAAUGAAAUCAAUAUUAACGAUAAAAAAAUUAAGGUGUUUCAUGAGAAAUUACCAUCGAAUAUACCAUGGCAUGCUGCAGGAGUCCAUUAUGUAGUCGAAGCUUCUGGAAUGUUCACGAACCGCGAAAAGGCUUCGAGUCAUCUGGCUAGUGGUAGUGUGAAGAGAGUUAUUGUAACAGCUCCUAGUGUUGACAUUCCUAUGAUGAUAUUAGGCGUUAAUGAAGAAAAAAUUAAUACAGAACAAAAAGUGAUAUCUUGUGCAUCUAGCACGUUGUACUGUUUGGCGCCAUUGAUAAAGGUGUUAGAGGAUAACUACGGUAUAUCCGAGGGUUUUAUUACGAGCAUACACGCAAUGACGCCGUCUCUUAAACCUUUAGACGGCCUAUGUUUAAAAGGAAAGCAUUGGCGUGAUCAUCGAAGCAUUCUUCAGAACAUUAUUCCAGCUGCGACGGGCGCUUGUAAGGCUCUCGGUAAAAUUAUACCACAAGUCAAAAAUAAAAUGACCGGCUUAGCGUUUAGAGUGCCCAUUGUUAAUGUUUCUGUGCUUGACGUUACAAUAAGAUUAAAUAGCAACACAACAAUGGAAGAUAUAAUCAAUUGUAUAGAAAAAGAAAGUCAAUCGACUAUGAAAAAUAUUAUAAAUACUUCGAGCGAGGAAGUAGUAUCCUCUGACUUCUUAGGCGAUAUCAAUUCUUGCAUUCUUGAUAAAAAUUCAAGUUUACAAUUAACACCGAAAUUUUUUAAACUAAUCUGUUGGUAUGAAAACGAAUAUUCUUACGCUUGCCGUGUUGUAGAUUCAAUAAUGUAUUCAGAGAAAUGUUUUAAAUUUGAAAAUAUUUUUAAUAAAAGAAAUGAACAAUUUAUAUCAAACAGAUUAUUUCUAGAAUCAAAUAUAUCGUUUAUCAAUGAACAAAUAUUAAUCGUACCUUCGUGUAAAACGCAAAAUAAAUCGAAUUUACUAUUAAGUAUGUCCCAAGAUAAUAAUUUUAGGAAGAAACAGUUCAAAACUACACAAGCGUGUCGAUUUUACGAAUGUAUUAAAUCGGGUGUGUCCGAAGAUGAAAAGAAAAAUGAGAUAUUUGAGAUAUGGAAUGAUGAUGUCAAAGACAGACAGCCAAGGGUAAAAGAAAAUAUACAAUACAAUACAUUUUGCCACAGUUGUAUAACAGUCAAGCCGCCUGAUAAAACGCCGUGUAUUUCUAAAGAAAGCACACCUCUCGAAGACAAGGAAGAGUUUGCCAGAAUGAAACACAAUACGAAUACCUUCUUGAAUAAACCGAUCCGACAAAAUUAUCAGGUCAACGUGUCAGAGGAUCGCGUUGGGGAUAAAAGUAAUAGGAAUUACAAAAACCGUCCGAUAAGCGCAGAUCAUGUACCUUGUAAAAACAAAUUUCAUACAGAUAUAUUAAAGGCUAACAACACGCCUAAAGACGAUAAAAGCCACAUAGGUGUAACUUCGAGUAAAUUUGAUUUUGAGUUAAUUGAAUCAAAGUUGGCGAAUAACAAUAAGAAUAAACUAAUAGAUGAAAAUGAGCUCAACAAAAACCUUAUUUCAGAAACUAGAAACAUUGAAACGAAAACAGAUACAAUACACAAUUAUUUAGACUAUCAUAAAUUAUCAACUGGAGAUAAUGGACAAGAAAAUAAUAAUAUUCAAAUAGUUGAACAUAUUACUAAUAUCGAAUAUACCGAAACGCCUUCAUCAAAUCCAAAUACUUCAAAUAUAAUAGAUGAUAAAGAUGAUCAAAAUAAUAAAAUAUAUAAUUUAGAAUCAGAAAACGAUAAUAAGAAUUCAAUAACUAUUGAAAUCGAUGAAGGAUCCUGUAAAUCACAUGAAACCACUUUAAGUGAAAUUAAUGAACAAAACAAUUAUAAAACUGACACACGGACCGAAAAUAAUCAAAUAUUGAACACGAAAAAGCAUUUGCAAAAGAAAAUUCUAGCAGGUAUUGUGACAUCAUUAUCUGCAGAAACGAUUUUAAUUGGAAAUGAAUUACAAAGUUUAUCUGCUAUUAACAUCAAUAACAACGUAAGUAAUGUCGAUAGAUUAGGAAAUCAUUCAGAUAUUUAUGAUAAAUUAGAAAGUGUUAGCGGAACAGAUUCUGAGGAUUCAUUUCAAAUCAAAGAGAGAAAAUCACAAGUUCUUAAAAUAACGGACUUGACAACGUCUUUAGAAGAUUUGGCGCGGUUGGAUAAAAUUUGCAAAAUAAUUGAGAUAUCUGAUGAGCUAUCCGAUAAACUAUUUUCAGUAUUAGAUACCAAUAAUUCAGAUUUCAGAAGAAAUAAUUGGUCUUUUAAAGAUUUAUGUGAAAGAUUAAAAUUGGAUGAAUUUUAUAAUAACGUGUUUGGAUGUUCGAAAUUUUAA